AUGACACAACAAAACCAAAAACGAGAUAGUCAAGGUGGUGACGGUGGAAGGAAGAAACGAAAAAGUUAUUCAUUGGUUGCCCAAGCUUGGUUGGAGACCUUGAGUGAAGCCAUUGAAGAUGUCGUAGUCAACAAUGACGACUUCUCAACGAUUUCUACUUCUUCUUCAAGUCCACAGCGCAGAACGAGACCAAGAAGGAAUGCCUUUGUGCUUCACAUAACAGAUGAUGGAUUAUUCUUGGAAGAUGAGGCAGAUGAUUCGCCCCAGCAACCACCUCCCGAAAGUCUACAUGGUUGUUCAGAGAUUGAAAACCUAGAGCUUGGUUAG